AUGGAAGUGUUCCAACGCCUCCUCGUCGUCUCCGCCAUUGCCGUGGCCCUAGUGCACAUCCUCACGCACCUGCUGGUGAGGCCCAGCAAGGUCGUGAGGCACCCGCCGGGCCCGUGGAGGCUGCCGGUGAUCGGCAGCAUGCACCACCUGGUGAACGUGCUCCCGCACCGCGCGCUCAGGGACCUCGCGGGCGUCCACGGCCCGCUGAUGAUGCUGCAGCUGGGCGAGACCCCGCUGGUGGUCGCGUCGUCCAGGGAGAUGGCGCGCCAGGUGCUCAAGACGCACGACGCCAACUUCGCCACCCGCCCUAAGCUCCUCAGCGGCGAGAUCGUGCUCUACCGCUGGGCCGACAUCCUCUUCUCCCCGUCCGGCGAGUACUGGCGCAAGCUCCGGCAGCUCUGCGCCGCCGAGGUCCUCAGCCCAAAGCGCGUGCUCACCUUCCGACACAUCAGGGAACAGGAGAUGGCGAGUCAGGUGGAAAGGAUACGAGCAGCCGGGCCAUCGACGGCCGUGGACCUCAGCGAGAUGUUCUACAACCUGGCGAUCAGCAUCGUCUCCCGCGCAUCCUUCGGCAACAAGCACAGGAACGCCGGCGGCUUCCUGACCGCGAUGAAAGCCGGGGUCGCGCUGUCCAGCGGGUUCAAGCUCCCCGACCUCUUCCCCACCUGGCGACCCGUGCUCGCCGCGGUGACCGGCAUGCGGCGCACGCUGGAGGACGUCCACAGGACGGUGGACUCCACCCUGGAGGAAGUCAUAGAGGAGAGGACACGUGCCCGGGACGACAAGCAGGCAAGGUCUGCUUCUGGCCGAGGCCGAACAGACGCCGCCGAGGACGACGACGACGACGGCGAGAACCUCGUCGACCUCCUCAUCGGCCUGCAGGAGCGAGCUUCCUCCGGGUCGUUCCACCUGAACCGGAACAGCAUCAAAGCGAUCAUAUUCGACAUGUUCACGGCCGGGACGGGCACGCUGGCGUCGUCGCUGGACUGGGGCAUGUCGGAGCUGAUGCGGAACCAGAGGGUGAUGGGCAAGCUGCAGCGCGAGGUCCGGGAGGCGUUCCGGGGCAAGGCGGCCGUCUCGGAGGCCGACAUCCAGGCGGCCAGCCUGCCCUACCUGAAGCUCGUGAUCAAGGAGACGCUCCGGCUGCACCCGCCGGUGCCGCUGCUGGUGCCUCGGGAGAGCAUCGACGCGUGCGAGAUCGAGGGCUACACGAUUCCGGCGAGGUCCCGGGUCAUCGUCAACGCGUGGGCUGUCGGAAGGGACCCCAAGUACUGGGACGACGCUGAUGAGUUCAAGCCCGAGAGGUUCGAGGGUUGCGUGACCGACUUCAUGGGGAGUAGCUACGAGUACAUACCGUUCGGUGCUGGACGGAGGAUGUGCCCAGGAAUUUCGUACGGGCUGCCGGUCUUGGAGAUGGCGCUCGUGCAGCUCCACUACCACUUUGAUUGGUCCCUUCAGGAGGGCACCGAUGAGGUUGACAUGACAGAGGCACCUGGCCUUGGUGUCCGCCGCAAGUCGCCUCUCCUACUCUGUGCUACCCCGUUCGUUGCCGAAACAGCAGGGUGCAAAGUAACUGUAUAG